AUGGCGAGUCGGUUUUUCUUCGUCUUCCUUCUCGUAAUUUUAGCAAUCGCUGAUGUAACCUUAGGAGCUGAAGCAGAUAGAUCUCCACCUACCGACAAUAAAUCACCAGUUGAAAACUCUGCAAAAGGUUUGAUAGAAAGUCUUGGUCCGUCUCAAGAUUAUCCCGACUACGAAAUCCCUAAAGAACUUGCACCAGACGGUGUGGAGGUGGUGGAGGAUUACGUGCCCAUUAGCCCGACCGGGGUACAAGAGAAUGUUAACAUGCUUGCACAACCUGAUGCGGACAAGAAUGCCAAAACCUCGCCAUCUAACUCCGCCUCUAGAUCUUCCUCAAACGUUUUAGCUGUUGUUGUUGUGGUUGGAGGUGCCAGCUUAUUUUUCUUUUGA